AUGAAAUUUCAGAGAGCUGCAAGGCGUCAACAGAUCAAACAAGAAGGUUAUAAAAAGUACGAACAGAUUGUAUUCAAGAAAGGCCGUAAUAUUGUUCCUGUACGACUAUUCUUUGAGACCGAUCCUGUGUUGCUGACUGCAGGAACGAAUCAUAACGAGUCGGCCAUAACAUCAGCUGGCUCAUCGAACAUUAGUGAACAUUUGGGAGCAGACGAGAAGGAAGCUCCUGAAAUGGAUUCCUUUUUAGCUAAGAACAAAAGAGAAGGUAACAGUGAAAAAUCGAUUAUUCGAACCUCUUCUAUGAAACUUGAACACGUGAGUAGUACCUCAUUGGUUGAUGAAGAUCAGAUGUUACUAAGUGGUAACGCUGAAGUUCAACCAGAAGACUUAAAUGGAAGCGGCAUGCAACCACUGACGACCGAAAGCAUGGAAGAAACUCAUACUAAACUACUAUCAGAAGAGAAAAAAGACUUGUUUGAGCACCAGAUUAGAGAAAUCAAACCAAUUGAAAUGCAUCUGAUGACAACGACUUCAACACCGUCUUCACUGAUUUCUACGAAAUCGACAGCAACACCUCAGAUGGAGAAAAGUCUAGACAUGUCGACUUCACUACCAGAAAUGAAAAAUGACAGUGACAAUUCUCUUCCGAUUCAAAAAACCACUACAGAUUCCGAAGAGAUAACGAACAAGAUUGCGACACCAAAACAUUGGCCAAACACGAACAGAGAGCUUAUGGACAACACCAUUGUAAACAGCACGGUCAUUGUUAACAGUACUUUUUCAUCAGUGAAUACGGAAUCUCUACAGGAGAAGUCCACUGUCAAGUUACCUGAUUCAGCACCUAUUAACAUUACUGGCGUCUUUCCAGCACUCCUUGCCAAGCCACCUUUAUCCGAUUUAUCGCCAUUCUCAACGCUAAAUACCUUUGUCAAAACCGCUGUCGAUACUCAACAGAGCAGAACACCUGACGAGACGCUGUUUGACAAGAAACAUAGCAAAACUUUAAGAGUUGUUGGAGUUUCUUUGCCUAGAAACCGAAGUCGCAAAAGAAUGCGUCUUGGGAGCACAUCGUCGCUCGGAAUAGUCGAUUCCUUUAGCAGCAAUCUUCUUACAGGAAGAAUGGCGAAUCAAUUUAACAAAUUCAGAACAAGGGUACUCAAGCCUUCUACUGAUUCAAUUUACUUCAGCAAGAAAAAGGUUCUUUCAAAGAGUGAUUCUUUGAAGUCGAAUCGAUUCAUUCAUUCGAAGAAGAGCGGCAGAAAUAUUCGCCCUACUAAUUUUAAUCGAGGCAUUCCGGUAAUAGUCCAUAAGCUUCCAUCCGAACAGCAAAAUUUUAAGCAGAUCUUCAAGAUUGAACCCCUACGGAAGUUUUCCGUGCAGCCUCGGCCAAAUUCACGUUUCGUCUCGAAUGGGCCGAUUGUUGAACGGAAACGCAACGGCACAACGACGAAUUUCAAGUUUGUCCGUAUUCCACCACGACAGAUUCCUUUCACUUCGUCUAAUCAGUUUUCUGGAACAGUACGUCGCAAUCCAACAAGACAGCACAAUAGUCUUGAACAGCAACAAGGAGAAGCUGCUGACGAGAUUCAGAAGUCAUCCAUGAAAUCGCCAAGUACCACACUAACACAUGGUGCUCAAAAAGACGAAGUACAACUUGGACGAAUAAUGGCACCACCACUGGUCCGGCUAUACCAGCCGAAUGCCGUCAAACAGCAAAAUAGGCAAGUCUUUGGUCAACGGACGCAACUUUUUUUUCUUUCAAAUUAUUUGUACUUCACUCUCAACGCCUACACUGAGCACUAA